GAUACAAUUUCUAAUCUAUUCCCAUAGAAAGCUGUGAUCCUGAGGUACUGUGCUACUGGGUGCUGAUACAGAAACUGUUGUGAACUACUGCAGCUACUUUGUGCCUUUGGAACACAUAAAUGAAGUAAACACUGGGAAAAUGGAAAGACCACUUGAGGCUACCAAAAUGGAAAACAACACCUCAUCCUGCUUUCUCAUGGAAAGAAAGACUCAUGUCAAGAUUAACAGGAAAGAAGUCAUGCUAGCUAAGCUGAGAAAGAGCUGCUCCUGCACACCACAGAAGCUGAAGAACUUUCUUAUGGACUUCUUUCCCGUUUUACGAUGGCUUCCCAAGUACCGAUGCAAAGAGUACAUUUGGGGAGAUGUUAUGUCUGGGUUAGUGAUUGGGAUCAUUCUGGUGCCUCAAGCAAUUGCAUACUCACUGCUGGCAGGUCUGAAGCCCAUUUAUAGCCUUUACACAUCAUUCUUUGCCAACAUCAUCUAUUUCUUAAUGGGCACAUCCCGUCACGUCUCAGUUGGCAUUUUCAGCUUGAUAAGCUUAAUGGUGGGACAAGUUGUGGACCGAGAACUUCUCUUGGCUGGGUUUGACUUGAAUGAUGAUGCCACACCAGCCUUGGGUGAUGGCUCUCUGCAGAAUGACCAUCUGCCCAACACAACUGCCUUCAACCUUACCAUUGUGGGGAUAAAUGCCGAGUGUGGGAAGGAGUGCUACGCUAUUGGCAUUGCUACAGCCUUGACAUUCAUGGCUGGAGUGUACCAGGUUCUAAUGGGGAUCUUCCGUCUGGGUUUCGUAUCUAUGUACCUAUCUGAGUCCGUACUAGAUGGCUUUGCAACUGGUGCUUCCUUAACCAUUUUAACAGCUCAAGUGAAGUAUCUGAUUGGAAUAAAAAUUCCACGUAGCCAAGGGCAUGGGAUGCUUGUUAUUACUUGGAUUAACAUUUUCCGGAACAUUUCUCAGGCUAACCUUUGCGAUGUCAUCACAAGUGCCAUUUGUAUUGUGGUGCUGGUCACUGCUAAGGAACUCGGAGAUCGGUAUAAGCACAAACUGAAAUUUCCUCUUCCCACAGAGCUGGUAGUUAUUGUUGUUGCAACACUCGUGUCACACUAUGGUAAGUUAAAUGAAGUGUAUGCAUCCAGUGUUUCUGGAGCUAUUCCAACAGGAUUUAUCCCUCCAAAGGUACCAGAGUUCAACUUAAUGCUCCGAGUUGCUCUAGAUGCUUUGCCUCUUGCCAUAGUCAGUUUUGUCUUUACUGUAUCCCUCUCCGAAAUGUUUGCAAAGAAAUAUGCUUACACCAUCCGAGCCAAUCAGGAAAUGUUUGCUGUGGGGUUCUGCAACAUCAUUCCUUCUUUCUUCCACUCUUUUGCAACCAGUGCAGCUCUGGCAAAAACACUCGUCAAAACAUCUACGGGCUGCCAGACUCAAAUCUCUGGAGUAAUUAGUGCAAUGGUGGUUUUGCUGGUGCUGCUCUUCCUGGCACCUCUCUUCUACUCCUUGCAGAAGUGUGUCCUGGCUUGUAUUAUCAUUGUCAGUCUUCGAGGAGCCCUGAGGAAGUUCCGAGAUGUGCCAGCACGGUACCAGGUGAAUAAGGUGGACACACUUGUUUGGGUAGUAACCAUGUCUGCCUCUGCCUUGGUCAGCACAGAAAUAGGGCUGUUGGUAGGCAUUGUUUUCUCCAUGUUAUGCAUCAUUGUUCGGACCCAGCGGCCACGGACAGCCCUGCUUGGUCAGAUCCAAGACACAAGCUUUUACGAGGAUGACUUAGAAUAUGAAAAUCUUUCUACUGUUCCAAAGGUCAAGAUAUUUCGGUUUGAGGCCCCACUUUACUAUGCAAAUAGAAACUACUUCCUAAAGUCUCUGUACAGAUUGACCAAUUUAGAUCCUAACCUAGAAGCUGCUAGGAGGAAGAAAUAUGAGAAGAAGGAAAAGCAGCAUCUGAAAAAGGGAAAUCACAGAACUGCUAAUGGACUGGGCAUCGGAGAAACUACUUUGCAACUAGUUCCUAAGCAAAUUGAUUUUCAAGCCCUUGUUGUAGAUUGCUCUUCCAUCUCAUUUUUGGACACGACUGGAGUUAAUACUUUAAAGGAAAUCCUGAAAGACUACAAGAAUUUAAACAUUUCUGUUCUCCUGGCUUGCUGCAACCCCUCAGUGAUAGACUCUCUAAAAAGAGGGGGUUACUUUGGAAAGGAUUUUGGAUGUAUGCAGGAAAUGCUAUUCUACAGUAUACAUAAUGCUGUGCUAUUUGCAAAAGACCAAAAGCUUCCAGUAGAUUGCUCAGUUUAACCCUGUGUCUUCCCUGAUGACUCACUACAAAGUGACAAAUAGAGAAGGGUAGUUUGCAACAAGUAAAUUAUCAAGACACACUGUUGGCUGUGUAAAGCCAUUCUUCCCAAAGAGUUCCACUUUAUGUCAUAUGCCACAUAGAGCAGCUACUGGGGACGUAGUCCAGGACGAGCUUAGAAAGGUUAGACUACAACCUUCACUUUAAAAUGCAGGUGAAGGCAGUUUGGGAUUGACUUCACCAUCAUACCAUGAUCAUUUGUGACCCAACACAGAUGUCAGGGGACUGUCGUGGCAGAAGGCCUGCCCAGUGUUGCCCCCCCCACCAGUGAUUUAAUGUCUGGUUUGUGUCAAGAAUGCUAAGCCACUUCCAUGAAAAUGGAAUCAGUAUGGCAUUCUGGACACAUAAUGGUUUAAACUGUGGCUUGCAAGGCCCUGCCCCUUCCAAUCAUUCUAGGUGCUCUCCUAAACAAGUCUUCACUGUUUGCAUAGAAAUAAAACAUAUAAAAUAUUGUGGAAUGUAGAAUGUCUUUCCAUCUUGAUCACACAAGCAUAACCUUGUUAAUAGCAUAACCUCCCACAGGUAAAAAAAUUAUGAUCCAUCACAGGUUCCUCUCAAAAUUACCAUUUCCAAAAAUUGCUGG